GGCGGGCGGACGGACGGUGCGCCGGACAGACAGACACGUGCUGCGGCGGGCGGGCGGCGCGCUGGGGCGCCUGGCCGUGCCUCCAGCCUGGACGCGCCCGGGCCCGCGCCGAUGCCCGGCUGAGUCACGGGCCGGGCAGCUCGCGGGUGGGAAGGGGCGGGGGGAGCGGCCGGAGAGCCGACGGGGCGCUCGGCUGGGCCCGGCGGCAGGUGACCCGGAGGUUCUCGCCGCCCGCAGCGCCCCGAGCGCUCUGUGAGCAGAUGCGGAGCCCAGCGCAGGGCGCGAGCCAGAUGCGGGGCGACAGCUGACUUGCUGCGAGGAGGCGGGGAGCGCGGAGCGCGCGGGUGGUCCCGGCGCGGCUGACUUCUCCCCCGGCCGGGUCCUGGCACUGCAAGAUAAACUUCUCACCAUGAAGGCACCUGCUGUGCUUGCACCUGGCAUCCUUGUGCUUCUGUUUACCUUGGUGCAGAAGAGCGAUGGGGAGUGUAAAGAGGCGCUAGUAAAGUCCGAGAUGAAUGUGAACAUGAAGUAUCAGCUUCCCAACUUCACUGCAGAAACACCCAUCCAGAACGUCGUUUUACACAAGCAUCACAUUUACCUCGGGGCCACUAACUACAUUUAUGUUUUAAAUGACAAAGAUCUUCAGAAAGUUGCUGAGUACAAGACUGGGCCCGUGCUGGAACACCCAGAUUGUUUCCCAUGUCAGGACUGCAGCCGCAAAGCCAAUUUAUCAGGUGGCGCUUGGAAAGAUAACAUCAACAUGGCUCUGCUUGUUGACACAUACUAUGACGAUCAACUCAUUAGUUGCGGCAGCGUCCACAGAGGGACCUGCCAGCGGCACGUCCUUCCACUCAACAAUGUUGCUGACAUACAGUCAGAAGUUUAUUGCAUGUACUCUCCACAAGCAGAAGAGCCCCACCAGUGUCCUGACUGUGUGGUGAGUGCCCUGGGAACCAAAGUCCUGCUGUCUGAAAAGGACCGAUUUGUCACCUUCUUCGUGGGCAAUACCAUAAAUUCUUCUUACCUUCCAGAUCAUUCAUUGCAUUCGAUAUCGGUGAGAAGGCUAAAGGAAACGCAAGAUGGUUUUAAGUUUUUGACAGAUCAGUCCUAUAUUGAUGUUCUACCUGAGUUCCGAGAUUCUUACCCCAUUAAGUAUAUCCACGCCUUUGAAAGCAACCAUUUUAUUUACUUUUUAACGGUCCAACGGGAAACUCUAGAUGCUCAGACUUUUCACACAAGAAUAAUCAGGUUCUGUUCCGUGGACUCUGGAUUGCAUUCCUACAUGGAAAUGCCUCUGGAGUGUAUUCUCACAGAAAAGAGAAGAAAGAGAUCCACAAGUGAGGAAGUGUUUAAUAUCCUCCAAGCUGCGUAUGUCAGUAAGCCUGGGGCUCAUCUUGCUAAGCAAAUAGGUGCCAACCUGAAUGAUGACAUUCUCUAUGGGGUGUUUGCACAGAGCAAGCCAGAUUCUGCUGAACCAAUGAAUCGCUCUGCCGUCUGUGCAUUCCCUGUCAAAUAUGUCAAUGAAUUCUUCAACAAGAUUGUCAACAAAAACAACGUGAGAUGUCUCCAGCAUUUUUAUGGACCCCACCAUGAACACUGCUUCAAUAGGACACUUUUGAGAAAUUCAUCAGGCUGUGAAGUGCGCAAUGAUGAAUAUCGAACGGAGUUUACCACAGCUUUGCAGCGCGUUGACUUGUUCAUGGGCCAAUUCAACCAAGUCCUCUUGACAUCUAUAUCCACCUUCAUUAAAGGAAACCUCACUAUAGCUAAUCUUGGGACAUCAGAAGGUCGCUUCAUGCAGGUUGUGGUUUCUCGAUCAGGAUCGUCAACCCCUCAUGUGAAUUUUCACCUGGAUUCCCACCCUGUGUCUCCAGAAGUGAUUGUGGAACACCCAUUAAACCAAAAUGGUUACACACUGGUUGUCACCGGGAAAAAGAUCACCAAGAUCCCACUGAAUGGCUUGGGCUGUGAACAUUUCCAGUCCUGCAGUCAGUGUCUCUCCGCCCCUCCCUUUGUGCAGUGUGGCUGGUGCCACGACAAAUGUGUGCGAUUGGAGGAAUGCCACAACGGAACAUGGACUCAAGAGAUCUGUCUGCCUACAAUCUACAAGGUUUUCCCAACCAGUGCCCCCCUCGAAGGAGGGACAACGCUGACAGUAUGUGGCUGGGACUUUGGAUUCAGGAAGAAUAAUAAACUUGAUUCAAAGAAAACCAAAGUUCUCCUUGGAAAUGAGAGCUGCACCUUGACUUUAAGUGAGAGCACGUCAAAUACGUUGAAAUGCACAGUUGGUCCUGCAAUGAAUGAGCGUUUCAAUAUAUCCAUAACUGUUUCCAACAGUCGAGGGACAGCACGAUAUAGUACAUUUUCCUAUGUGGAUCCUAUAAUAACAAGUAUUUCUCCAAGUUAUGGUCCUAAGACUGGUGGCACUUUACUUACUUUAACUGGAAAGUACUUAAACAGUGGGAAUUCUAGACACAUUUCAAUUGGUGGAAAAACAUGUACCUUAAAAAGUGUGUCAGAUAGUAUUCUUGAAUGUUAUACUCCAGCCCAAACCACUCCAACUGAGUUUCCCGUUAAACUGAAAAUUGACUUAGCCAACCGAGAGAUGAACAGCUUCAGUUACCGGGAAGACCCCAUUGUCUAUGAAAUUCAUCCAACCAAAUCUUUUAUUAGUGGUGGGAGCACAAUUACAGGUGUUGGAAAAAAUCUGAAUUCGGUUAGUGUCCUGAGGAUGGUGAUAAAUGUGCGUGAAGCAGGAAGGAACUUUACAGUGGCAUGUCAGCAUCGCUCUAAUUCAGAGAUAAUCUGCUGUACAACUCCUUCACUACAACAGCUGAAUUUGCAACUCCCUCUGAAAACCAAAGCCUUCUUCAUGUUGGACGGGAUCCAUUCCAAAUACUUUGAUCUCAUUUAUGUACAUAAUCCUGUGUUUAAGCCUUUUGAAAAGCCAGUGAUGAUCUCAAUAGGCAAUGAAAAUGUACUGGAAAUUAAGGGAAAUGAUAUUGACCCUGAAGCCGUUAAAGGUGAAGUGUUAAAAGUUGGAAAUAAGAGCUGUGAGAAUAUACACUCACAUUCUGAAGCCGUUUUAUGUACAGUCCCCAGUGACCUGCUGAAAUUGAACAGCGAGCUAAAUAUAGAGUGGAAGCAAGCAGUUUCUUCAACCAUCCUUGGAAAAGUAAUAGUUCAACCAGAUCAGAAUUUCACAGGAUUGAUUGUUGGUGUUGUCUCAAUAUCAAUAAUACUCUUAUUAUUACUCGGGCUUUUCCUGUGGCUGAAAAGGAGAAAGCAAAUUAAAGACCAGUUUCCUAACUCAUCUCAGAAUGGAUCAUGCAGACAAGUGCAGUAUCCUCUGACGGACCUAUCCCCCAUCCUAACUAGUGGGGACUCUGAUAUAUCCAGUCCAUUACUGCAAAAUACCGUCCACAUUGACCUCAGUGCUCUAAAUCCAGAGCUGGUGCAGGCAGUCCAGCACGUAGUGAUUGGGCCUAGUAGUCUGAUUGUGCAUUUCAAUGAAGUCAUAGGAAGAGGACAUUUUGGGUGUGUAUAUCAUGGGACUUUGUUGGACAAUGAUGACAAGAAAAUUCACUGUGCUGUGAAAUCCUUGAAUAGAAUCACUGACAUAGGAGAAGUUUCCCAGUUUCUCACCGAGGGAAUUAUCAUGAAAGAUUUUAGUCAUCCCAACGUUCUCUCGCUCUUGGGAAUCUGCCUUCGAAGUGAGGGAUCUCCACUGGUGGUUCUACCGUACAUGAAACAUGGAGACCUUCGAAAUUUCAUUAGAAAUGAGACCCACAACCCAACUGUAAAAGAUCUUAUUGGCUUUGGUCUUCAAGUAGCCAAAGGCAUGAAAUAUCUUGCAAGCAAAAAGUUUGUCCACAGAGACUUGGCUGCAAGAAACUGUAUGCUGGAUGAAAAAUUCACUGUCAAGGUUGCUGAUUUUGGGCUUGCCAGAGACAUGUAUGAUAAAGAAUACUAUAGUGUGCACAACAAAACAGGUGCAAAACUGCCUGUGAAGUGGAUGGCUUUAGAGAGUCUGCAAACUCAGAAGUUUACCACCAAGUCAGAUGUGUGGUCCUUUGGCGUGCUCCUCUGGGAGCUGAUGACAAGAGGAGCACCACCUUAUCCCGAUGUCAACACCUUUGAUAUAACAGUUUACUUGUUGCAAGGCAGAAGGCUCUUACAACCAGAGUACUGCCCAGAUCCCUUGUAUGAAGUGAUGCUAAAAUGCUGGCACCCUAAAGCUGAACUGCGCCCAUCCUUUUCUGAACUGGUCUCCAGGAUAUCAGCGAUAUUCUCUACUUUCAUCGGGGAGCACUACGUCCAUGUGAACGCUACUUAUGUGAAUGUGAAAUGUGUUGCUCCAUAUCCUUCUCUGUUGUCAUCACAAGAUAACGUUGAUGGCGAGGUAGAUACAUGAUGGAUGGGUACACCACUGGCCCCCUUCUGAGAAACAUCACAGAACUGUCCAAACAACAGUCCACCCUUUGUCCAAUGUUUUUUCACUGCCUGGCCACUGAAAGGCCACCAGAUAUUUUUUGCUUCUGCCAAAAUUGCACUAUUAUAGGACCUUAUAUUGUUAUUUAAAAUAACUGGAUUCUAAGGAAUUUCUCAUCUGACAAAGCAUCAGAGCCAGAAGCUUUGUCCCCUAGGCCAGUGUCCAACGGCAACACUGCAGCUAUGAUGACACUCCUGUCACAGUCAAGCCAAAACCUGAAUUCUGGGUUGAAAUUUUUGAAAAUCGGGAUCUCUCCUGAUUUCACAUGAGGAACUGAGGCGAUGAAUUUUGAGGACUUCUUGAUCACGGAAAAUUCAAAAGAAGCGGUAGUGUCCAGGACAUAUAUGGCAGCCCCAGGACCAGGCCACUCGUUUAGAAUUAAAGCGUUUCAAAGAACUUUUAUAUAUUGUAUGGUCUCUAACAUUUUUUAUUACUGAUGUUGUCAUUUGCCCAUUAGGCAAACAUUCUCUUUUAAAUUUUUGCAUACACAUUCCUCUUAUGGGAGAAAUAUCCAUAGGCAACACAGUCAACAUUUCAAAACAACAGGACAUGAAAUGUGUUUAUAAAUUAAUAGGGAUAUUUACAUAUUGUACAUAGAUGACAUGAAGAAGGUUUUCAUAAAAUAGCUUAGUCACAAUGGAAUAUUUAGUUGUCGUUUGAAAAUCAACUGUUUGAGAAUGAUGCUAUUCUGAUCUAAUGAAUGUGGACAUUUAGAUGUUUUGUCUAUAUUUUUUUUAAAUGACGUCUCUGCAAAUAAGACAAGUAAUUUGUGAUGAUAAGUGUGUCUAAGGUAAUUCAGCAUGUUUUUAAAGCAGAAUACAUCUGACUAAAAGGUUCAUUGGUUCCAAAAACAGCUCUCAUAUAGGGCAAAGAAAUGAUCAAUGGCCUGGAAUAUUAGCCUCUUUCUCAAGUGGCAACUUCCUAUCCCCAAAACAGUUGGAGACAAUAAAGCUUUUGGGGAGUCCUGUUUUGCAUUAGGGUAUAUUUUGUGUUAAGCAAAACACAUUUUAGGGGAAAAAAAAGCAAUUGAAAGUUCUGGCCAUUUCGCCAGGAUGAACAGUUACUCUGGGCAGGACUUUUGUGAUGUUUUGUUCUGUGGGACUUUGUGCUUACUACUGUAUGGUGCAUGUGGCACAGGAUACUCUAACUGGUUUUGUCAAUGUAAACAUUUAAAGUAUUAUAUUUUUAUAAAAAUGUUUAUUUUUAAUGAUAUAAGAAAAUUUUCGUUAGGCCACAAAAAUACUGCACUGUGAACAUUUCAGAAAAGGUAUGUCAGACUUGGACUAGUAACAGCAUGGUUUCAAAUAGCUGUAAAUAAUGAUAAGGAAAUCUACUGAUUGCCAGUACACCCCACCCUCAUUACAUCACCAGGACUUGAAGCCAAGGGUUAACACAGCAAGCUAUAAAGAGAAGGCGUUACACUAAAACCCAAUAGUAGAAUUGGGCUAUUGUUGCAAGAGAGUGAUCACAACCAAAAGCUCUUUCACAUUGGUGGAACUUACCAGCAGACACAAAGAAUUGUACUGCAGAGAUAUUCCCAUUCAAAUGUUACUAUUUCAAAAGUGUAAAGAGUGAUACUAAUUCACAGAGUAUUGUAAAUGGUGGAUGACGAAAAAAAAAUCUACUCCGCAGAAAGAAAUAACUAUCUCUACCAAUGUCAGGAGAAUCAAUGCAUCAAGUAUAGAAAGAACUUAUGGAAACAACCCAUCAACAAGACUACACACCUGUGUACAUAUGUUUGAGAAAGCUGCAAUGUGAAAAUCAUGUUUGCUAUUUAUAAACGUGUCCUUAGAUUAAUGUGUCUGGACAGAUUGUGGGAAUAAGUGAUUCUUCUAAGAAUUAGAUACUUGUCACUGCCGAUACCUGCAUUUGAGCUGAAUGGUACUUUGUAUGUUAAUAGUUGUUGUUUUGAUAAAUCAUACAAUUAAAAUUAAGUGUUGUAUCAUCUUGUA